ACCAUUUCCUCUUUCUCCUCGGUCGUUUCUUCUUCUUUCUCUUCUUCCGUUCUUUCUUUCUUCCCUUUCUUCUCUCCUCUGUUCUCACAGCCGAAGCCUUCUCCUUCUCUCUUCCUUCUCUUUCUCCCUCUCCCUUUUCCCUCUGCUUCUGUUCUUCCUCUCCUCACUCUUCUUCUCCGAUUCCAUCUCUCUCUCCCACAGAGCCUCACCUUUGUCGGUGAGAGAGGCGGUUCCAGGAAGAGCGAGUCGAGGGGGUGUUCAGCCUUUUCUUUGAUGGUGCAUUCCACAAGAAAACGUGGCGCUGAAUAGAAGGUCAAUGGUCGUGGCCCUUUUGUGUUUCCUGAAUUCUGUCUGUAUCCACAGCGGUGAGCAGUAGCACCGCUUGAUGAGUCGAACGUAUUAAUGCACAGCCAAAGCCUUAAUUCUCGUCCACAACCGGAUCGGGUCACCGGAUUUCAACACCCGUCUCCAUCCACGGUCUGAACGGUCAGGAUAGCCCGAUCCCUAAACCCGUCGACAUCCUGUUAGACCGCGUUCGUCCACCUGUCGCGGGCGGUGAUGUGUUCCAAGCGCGACCUUAACCACAACCUCCGCCACUCCGCCACUGCGCUCCGUCUAAAGCCCUAAUAAAGGGAUCUCAUCAAAUGAUGCUGAGAUCGGUUCACCUCUCUUACGGAUUUGGUGUCUCGCCCUUGCUCCGAUGCAAUCCCCGCUUCUGUAGCCUCGCGUCGCUCCCCGCUAUCGCCUCUCUCUCCCAGUCCAGUAUUUCUUCCUCUCCUUGGAGAUCGCCGCUUUGCGUGCCUUGUCCCGCUUCGCACGCUGUUUUCAGAGCCUUUUGGAUGUCUUCCGGUGGUCCGGACACGAGGCCCGAUGUGGUUGCCGCCACCGGGCCUGCUGCGGCGCCGUCUAUGUUUCAAAAAUCCAAAAUCUGCUUUUGUCAUUCUUGUGGAAAUCCAACUAAGCAUGUUAUACCAGAUGGAGAAGAGAAGAUAAGGGCAGUUUGCACGGUGUGUGGGAAAAUUCACUAUGAGAAUCCCAAAAUGGUAGUUGGUUGCCUGGUGGAGCAUAAUGACAAGGUUCUGCUUUGUAAACGGAAAAUUGAGCCAUCUUAUGGUCUUUGGACACUUCCAGCUGGUUUCUUGGAGAUUGGGGAGUCUGCUGCAGACGGGGCAGCUAGAGAAACUCUGGAAGAAGCAUGUGCUGAAGUUGAAAUUAUUUCACCAUUUGCACAGUUAGAUAUUCCUCUCAUUGGCCAAAGUUACAUCAUAUUCCGAGCAAGAUUGAAGACACCUCAUUUUUCACCAGGCCCUGAGUCACUCGAAUGUGCUCUGUUUGCUUUGGAUGACAUACCAUUUGAUUCCCUAGCAUUUUCAUCAAUCAUUGUUACCUUGAGAAUGUACAUUGAAGAUAUUAAUUCUGGAAACCUCAACUUUCACUAUUGCACCAUAAAUAAGAGACCAGGUGCAAGCCCAUCUGAUCCAUGCGGUUUCAAUGUAGAUUACCAUUUGCGGUCAUAGGAUGGUGAAGGCAUUUGUGGACUUAUGAGACAUGGGUCAUUGUGAUUUCCAUGGAAAAACGAUGCUGAUAUUUUGGUUGGGGAAUUUACCGCUAGCCAAUCCAGACCAGAUCGUUGUUCCGUGGCUUCAUGUGAUGAUAUGAAACUGUGCAAUGUAUUUUGUGCUUUUAGAUUUGGAAAAGAUUAGUUCUACAGCUGAAGUGUUCAUCUUUCUGGUAACUCAUGUUUAUGUUGUGUUACCCUGUGAUGUUACAUUGGAUUUUAUAUCUAGAGAUCUAUUAUAUUUCUUUUUUA